CACGAAACGCAAACCAAGCGAAUUACAACGCUGCAAUUCGCAUUUCCUUCCCCUUUCCCCCCUCUUUGCUUCCCCGAUUUAGGGUUUCAGGAAAUCGUUGGAAUCAGCCAUGGCAGAAGUCGUUAACAUGCCCGUCGAUUCCGUCGACCGCCUGGACGCCGGCGGUGCCGGCAGUCGCAAGGAGAAGUCAGGCGACGAGGACCCCCAAUCGUCGCCUCCGCCCCCUCCUCCCCUGCCUCCGCGUCGUCGCGACAGGGACUCCCGCGAGCGCCGGGACGACAGGGACAUCGACCGUCCUCCCAAUAGACGAGGAGGCGAUUAUUACGACCGCAAUCGGUCUCCUCCGCCUCCGCCUAGAGACAGGGAGAGAGAUUAUAAGAGGAGGAGCAGUUUGAGCCCUCCGCCGGUUCCGUAUAGGGAUAGGAGGCAUUCCCCGCCCCCGCGCAGGUCUCCACCGUACAAGAGGACGAGAAGGGAUGAUGGUGGUUACGACGGGAGGAGAGGAGGAAGUCCUCGAGGCGGCUUCGGGCCUGGCGAUAGAAGGCCUGGAUAUGAAUUCGGUGGUGGAUAUGACCGUGAGAUGGGUGGAAGGCCUGGGUACGGUGACGAGCGUCCUCAUGGUCGGCACAUGGGUGGUCGUGGUGGAUAUCAAGGCUGGGAUGCAGGUCGUGGUGGUUUUAAUGAUGCUGCCAAUGCUGGGUCUACUCAAAGAGAAGGUUUGAUGUCAUACAAGCAAUUCAUUCAGGAGCUUGAAGAUGACAUACUUCCUGCUGAAGCUGAACGCAGAUAUCAAGAAUACAAGUCAGAGUACAUAUCAACUCAGAAAAGAGUAUUUUUUGAUGCACACAAAGAUGAGGAAUGGUUAAAAGAUAAAUACCAUCCCACCAAUCUGGUGACAGUCAUAGAAAGGAGGAAUGAACUUGUCCGCAAAGCUGCCAAGGAAUUUUUGCUUGAUCUGCAGAGUGGGACAUUGGAUGUAGGUCCUGGUGUCAGUGCUUUGCCCCCAAGUAAGACUGGACAGACGACCAGCAACCCAAAUUCUGAUGAUGAAGGAGAUACUGGGGGCAAAAGAAAGCGCCAUGGAAGGGCACCUGGCAAAGAAUCUGAUGUGCUUUCAGCUGCUCCGAAGGCCCACCCUAUUAGUUUGGAUCCCAGAAGAAUUCAAGUUGAUGUUGAACAAGCACAGGCUCUUGUUCGCAAGCUUGAUUCUGAAAAGGGAGUUCAGGAAAAUGUCUUAGCUGGUUCUGAGAGUGAUAAAACAAACAGAGAGAAAUCUCUUGGUGGCUCCACUGGCCCUGUUAUUAUUAUACGAGGGUUAGCCUCUGUUAAGGGAUUGGAGGGGAUUGAACUAUUGGACACUCUUCUGACUUAUCUUUGGCGGAUUCAUGGUGUCGACUACUACGGGAUGCUUGAAACAAGUGAACCUAAAGGUCUAAGGCACAUUAGGGCAGAGGGAAAGACGUCUGAUACUGGAAGUGGAGGACCUGAGUGGGAAAAGAAGCUUGAUUCCUGUUGGCAAGAAAGGCUGAGGGGACAGGAUCCGCUAGAAAUAAGGACAGCUAAGGAGAAGAUCGAUGCUGCAGCUGUUGAAUCUUUGGAUCCUUAUGUGAGGAAAAUCAGGGAUGAGAAGUAUGGAUGGAAGUAUGGUUGCGGAGCCAAGGGUUGCACAAAACUAUUUCACGCUGCUGAAUUUGUGCACAAGCAUCUGAAACUUAAGCAUACGGAAGUUAUCUUAGAGCUGACAUCCAAAGUGAGGGAAGAGCUUUAUUUCGAAAACUACAUGAAUGAUCCAAAUGCACCCGGUGGCACUCCUGUUAUGCAACGGCCUCAACUGAGAGACCGGCCAAUGCGGAAGAGGUUAGGUAUUCAAAGCCGAUUGAAGGACGACCGUGGGAACAGGAGAGAACUUGACAAUCAAGCGAAUGGUGGUGAUAGAUAUGAUCGUUCUGAAAACCAACAAUCAGGGGAGUUCCAGUCAAAUAACAACGAUGGUCCUGAUGGUGGUAAUGGCGAUGAACAGAUGUACGAUGGUUUUGGUGGACAAGGUGGAGGGAUUCAUCCAUUCCCCUCUGACAUACCCCCACCACCCGUUUUAAUGCCGGUUCCUGGUGCUGGUCCUCUGGGUCCUUUUGUACCUGCACCACCUGAGGUUGCCAUGCGGAUGUUCAGAGAGCAAGGUGGUGGUCCUCCAUUUGAAGGUGGUGGCGGCGGUAGGAACGCAAGACCUGGUCCUCAAUUAGGCGGGCCUGCUCCCAUACUUCUAUCUUCAGCCUUUCGGCAGGAUCCACGACGUAUUCGCAGUUACCAAGACUUAGAUGCACCAGAAGAUGAAGUUACCGUGAUAGACUACAGGAGUUUGUAGAGCCUUGCAUUUGGAUGCAGAGAGAACUCUCAGCAAGGACCUUUCUUCAUCUCUUUUCCGAGACAUAAGCUGUACUCGUGCAACACGGCGUGCAGUGAAAAUAGACUUCCACUAGCCUACACUCGGGAGUUUUAUUAGCAAACGACGACCUUCUUUUGUGCCGGAGGGAUGGUGGCUGGCGGAUGUUAGCCGUGGCGAUCUGAUUUACGGUAGGUUGUAUGUGAUAACGACUGGAAAUGGCAGAGUGCAGGAUUUUUGUCAAUCUCAUUUUGGUCGAUAUCACUCGUCCUUCUCACUUGGCUGGAGUUUCGAGUUUUCUUUUUAGUUUGUUCUUUCACAUAGCCUGUAAUCUUAGACCCAGGAGAAAACCAAUUGAAGGCUGUCUACAUAAUUUGAUUUGUGCAAAGUGGGAGAAAGACACAAAUUUGUUACAUGGUUCUUGCUAAGCAGAAUACUUGACAAUUGCUGGGCUUGAUACGAAAUCGUCGUUUGAACCAUAGAAACUAAAAACCUCUGAGCAAAGAAAUGAUAUGCCCUGCUAUUAUUCAUUCAGUUACUAAACGAGUGCAACAAAGAAUGUACAACAUAUUUUACACGCCAAUCUCAUUAGAGUCAGUUUACAGACUUGCCUACAGAGGGAGUUUUGGGAACAAUAAAUAUCAAGAGUUCUACCAGGGAUGAAAUCCGAGGAAGGUGGCAAAAAUGGAAAAGAAAAAAUCUGGGAGGAAUGUUGUUCCCUAAAUCACUCAACAUGUACAAAACGUGGUUUGAUUAGUUACACACACCUGGUAGAGCAAACAACUAAUGUUCUGUCACUUCCGUUGCUUCUUUUGUUGAGGUUCCACCGAUGGCU